AGCAGAUUCGGGACGAGAGAACCCAAAAAUAGCAAGCAGACCCUAAUCACGGAAAUGCAUAACAUGCGCUGUUGUCGGCUGGCGAGUUUCAAACUUGAGGCUUGCGAGGUUUGAGAUCACCACUAUCAUCCGCCCUUUAUUUGGAUCGGGCCACGACCGGAUCUUCAUCUUCAUAUCUGUAGAUCAUAUCAUUUAAGUUUGCUUGUUGUUCGCAUCGUCACACUCGAACUUAAUUCCACACGACAUGGAAAGAUGACAGCGGACGCUGGUAAUAAUGGAAGACCAGAGCCGCAACUGCAGGUUCCUUCCAGACUCAUUUGGUGGAAGUUAUCUGGAACGUUCAGUUGGAUAAGUCACUCAUGUCAUGUGUCACUAAAUCUCAUUCCAAAACCUCACAGCCACAAGCCAGAUGCCAUCCGAAGAUAAUCAGAGUUCCUCUCAAACCCGCCGGCAAUUCCCCACUUUCCAUCUAAAACCCCCCAAUCGCAGCCGCAACACUAUGCCAUCUGAACGUCCCCCAAACAAAAACUGGGUGUAUCCCGGGCAAUCCAUCGUCUCAAGUGAAGGGUAGCAUCAUUGGUGGGGGAUUCUGGUGCUUGCUUUCAGGCCAGACGGGUUUCAUGCCAUCUCAAAAUUUCCACACAAGAGAACUCCUCGGCGAGUUUCCCGCAGAUCGAGCUCUGAAUCUCAUCAACACUUCUCAAUACUUCUCUCUUCUUUUUGACAGACAUCUUCGACAGUCACCAACAACUUCGCCAACAUGCAGAUCUCAUUUAUCACCGUCGUGGCAGCGCUCGUGUCUUUGGCACAAGGAACCAUUAUGAAGCCUGCAGCAGGUGAUCAAUGGGUUGUAGGAGAGCAGAGUACCAUCGAAUGGGACACGAAAAGCUUCAGUAACAAAGUCGAUAUCGCAUUAGUCCCAGCAGGAGCAACGGAUACAUCAGUGAUCAUCGCUCAGAUCGCAACCCAGACUGCCAAUACAGGUUCUUAUACGUGGGCACCUCCGUCAACAAUGAAAGGAGGCGAUGUGUCUGUCAUCAUUGUCAACUCAGGGCAAGGAUCUGCUGCAGCAGCAGUCUCCGUCUCGUCGAAAAGUUCGAGUGUUUCUGAAAUCUUUGUGAUCAUUAUCUCAUCCGGGUCAAAGAACAACUCCCACCACGGCGGCAAAAAGAACAGCACCGAAACCGCCGCCGGGAACAUCACCACCAUCCACUCCACCGCAACCUUAACCACCCACGUCACCGUCCCUCCAAACAUAACCACCCCACAAACCUCGCAGCCCGAAGCGCAAACAACGCCACCUCCAUACGCUUACGGCAACACGACGACGGCCGGAAUAGCAGCUGGGAUCACGGCGUCGUCUACAACGCUUGCUAGUGUUACUGGGACGGGAGGGGGAGUACCUGUUCAGACGUUCACGGGUGCGGCGUCUGUGCUGGAUGUGAGGAGAGGGAAGAAGAUGGUGGGGUCGGGUGGGUUUGCUGCGUUUAUUGCGCUUCUGUUCUUGUGA